AUGAAUACAUUCCGAAUAAUAAUUAAUCAAAUAUACAUACAAAGAAUACUAUUUCAACAUGUAAAAGAGAUUCAUAAUAGAUUAAUAUUAAAUGAACCAAAUUUGUCGUAUGACUACGAUGUAUUGUUCUCAAUAAAACAAGAAGAAUUAGAUAAAGAUCAAUGUAUUGAUAGAAAAAGACAAUCACUCACAUUUAAAUGGAUAGACAUUAAAGAUAAUAUAUGUUUGGCUGCUAGAUUUGGUUAUUUAAAACUAUUUAAAAAGUUUAUUAAAGAUCAAGAACUAAAGUAUAGUGGUCAUAUUUGGUUUGAAGAACAAUACCAAGAAAAGAUACAAAAACAACAACUACAACAACAACAACAAAAACCUUCAAUUAAAAAGUUAUUUGGUACUCUGUUUAGUCAAAAAGAAUCAUCAUCAUCAUCAACAACAACAACAACAACAAAAAAUCAAGACGUAUCAAAGAAAAAGACAUUUAUACCUUAUUUAGAUCGAUAUAUUGAAAGAUCAUGUAAAGGAAAUCAUAUAAAUAUAGUUGACUAUUUAUUUAAAAGAUAUGGUGGUCAUGUAGAAGAGGUUUCAUAUUACAUUUACAAAUGGUCGUUUCAUUAUCAUCGAUAUGAUAUCUUUCGAUAUCUAAUGGAAUUGGAUUUUAAUCAACUAUUUGUUGGAAUCGUAUUGGAAGCUCAUUACAAGUAUAUAAAUAGAUCCGAUGAUAUGAACAAUGUACCAAACUGUCAGUCACUUCAACAAUUAAUCAUACGUUGUUUGGAGAUUGAACAAUCUUCGUCGUCGCCGUCUGACAACAAUUGGCCAAGUGUAAUUUACCCAGGUUGGUUUGGUUUGUUGGAUGUAGAUAAUAUUAAAAAGUUUGAAUCAUCGCUUUUUGGAUCAUAUAAAAGUGAUAUCAAUAGGUCAAUCGAGUUUGCAUCAAGAUAUGGUAACCUUGAUGCUCUUAAACUCUUUGUAGAGACUUUUAAAAUAGAUUGUCAAAGUGGAAAUAAUAGUAUUGCACUUGGUUGGGCAGUAUCAAAUAAUCAUGUCAAUGUUGUUAUUUAUAUCAUCGAGAAUGUUAUUGCCAUUCCAUCAGUAUCAUCUUUAGCCACCUAUCUAGAAACAGCCUAUACAAAUGGAUACUUGUAUUUGACCAAAUAUUUAAUUGAAAGAUUCCCAAAUCACCCUCCACCUUCAAUUGGACUAGCAUGUAAAAAAGGUCACGGGUUUAAUAUUGUACAAUACCUAAUCCAACAAACAACACUUCCAAUUGAUUUAAAUGUUGGAAUCGACAUGUCAGUUAGAUACCAGCAACAUAAACUGACUCAUUACCUACUUGAUCAAUUAUCAACAAUUGAUCAAAUCAGAUUUAAUUCUUCUACUUUUGAAUUUGAAACAAAUACAAUUCUUGAUGCAAUUGCAAACGAAGAUUUAUCAAUAUUAAAAAGAUUAUUAGUUAAUUAUAAUAUUCAAGGUGAUUUAUUAGAAUAUGUAAUGCAUUCAGGCAACCAAGAAAUAUUUGACUUGGUUCAAGAAAAGAUUGAAAUGAAACAUUUACAACAUAAAGAUGUAUUCAAUACAAUGACAUUCUUACCACUUUUAAAGUAUAUAAAAGAAAAACAACCAAAUUUGUUAAUUAAUAAUCAAGAUUGGACCAUCCCAUCACUUCCACAAAAUACUGUCAAGAAACAAGAUGGUAGACGAUGGUAUGAUGCAUUUUAUUUUUUGGCACAGUACAAAAGAAAAGACCAACAUUUUACAAAAGAGAUGAGUACAGCCAUUCGGUAUGGUCACAUUGAAAUUGUCAAAUGGAUUGAUGAGAAUUGUAUCAUCUCACCUGGUCAUGGGUUUUUGGAAGAAAUAGCCUACUCUAAUAACAUGGAAUUGUUUGAUUUUAUUUGUCUUGGUAUUGGUGGAUGUCAUCAAAAGUAUUUGACACCCAAACAUUUAUUGUCCUCGAGUAAAGUAUUGGGGAUUGCAAUCGAGAAUAAAAACAUCGUCAUUGUCAAACACCUCUUGGAGGUGGUUGGAGUCGAGGUUGACGAAAGUAUGACCUAUCCAUUACUCAGAAUGGUGAUCGAUUCCAGCAACAUCGAUCUUCUAGUCUACUUGGUACAAUACCUUAAAAAAACAAAAAAGUUUAAUGGCUCGAGCCAACCCGAUUUGUAUCCUAUCGUCGUUGGAGGUUCGAUUUUCACCAAAUCCAUCAUUGAUUAUCUCUUAUCACCUGGCGUGAUUAGUUCUCGUACAUUCAGACAGUCAGAUCUCCUCAAUGCUUAUUGCUAUUCACUCAAUACCUCAUCGUCGAUUGCAACCUUUCACAGACACUCAAAUCUAUACAACUAUAAUGUCAAUAACCCUCUAAACUCAUAUGACAAGGGAUCGAAUCCAAUCGAUGGAAUUAUAGCUUUACAUGCUAUCGAUGGAAAAUCAAAACUUGGAUUUAGUAUUGAUUUACCUUGCAGAACAGGUCAAUUGGAUCAAAUUAGAUUUGUACAUUAUAAUAAUUCAAAGAUGACCACAUGCACAAAUUAUGCAAUUGCUAUCAGCUUGGAAACUGCUCAAGCCAAUAUCGGCACUCAUUGUCAUGUCGCCAAUUUCCUCUUGAAAACAAGACAACAACAUUUUAUGUCCUUGGACUCACGACUAUUGACCAUUACAAUGACUUCACCUCAUGUGUCUGCACUAUUGAAACUUUAUCAACAUUUAGGAAUAAAAGAAAAAUAG